UCAUUUCAACCCCCUCUUUCUUCCGUAUAAAUUCAUUUUCCCUUAUCUUUUCCCAAAUUUUGCUCUUUUAGAGAGAGAAAGUAGAGAGAGAAACUGAGAUUCAUACGAGAGGUUAGAAAUUAUUCAAAAUUAAUUUCCAGAAUUUUUUAAUUUUUUCUUUCUUCUUCAAUGGAGUUCAAUCAAUGGCGUGAUUCCUUUCUCUUUGUCUUAUGAUCUCCAUAGUUUUCGAUCUAUUUCCCAAUUUUUGCUUUGGAAUUUGAAACCCUAACCCUAAUUUUUCACCGAAUUCGAUGCAAAUGUUGAUUUGAAUUCUUCAAAAAGGGGAGAAAACUACAGAUUUGAUCGGAUUAUUGAAUCUGUCGAAAUUUUUGAAUCGGAAAAAUGCCGUCGCACGCGGAUCUAGAUCGGCAGAUCGAGCAGCUGAUGGAAUGUAAGCCUUUGUCGGAAGGAGAAGUGAAGACGCUUUGCGAUCAAGCGAGGGCGAUUUUGGUGGAGGAAUGGAAUGUUCAACCGGUCAAGUGCCCGGUCACCGUUUGCGGUGACAUCCAUGGCCAGUUUUACGAUCUUAUCGAGCUCUUUCGUAUCGGCGGAAACGCUCCUGAUACUAAUUAUCUCUUCAUGGGAGAUUAUGUAGAUCGUGGAUACUAUUCAGUAGAGACUGUCACUCUCCUGGUGGCUCUGAAGGUUCGUUACAGAGACAGAAUUACAAUUCUUAGAGGAAAUCAUGAAAGUCGGCAAAUAACUCAAGUGUAUGGUUUUUAUGAUGAAUGUUUAAGGAAAUAUGGAAAUGCAAAUGUCUGGAAGCACUUCACUGAUCUUUUUGAUUAUCUACCUCUGACAGCUCUUAUUGAGAGUCAGGUUUUCUGUUUGCAUGGAGGUCUUUCACCAUCUUUGGACACAUUGGACAACAUCCGAGCCUUGGAUCGUAUACAAGAGGUCCCUCAUGAAGGACCUAUGUGUGAUCUGUUGUGGUCUGACCCUGAUGAUCGGUGUGGUUGGGGGAUAUCUCCUCGUGGAGCUGGCUAUACUUUCGGGCAGGAUAUUGCCGCUCAUUUCAACCAUACCAAUGGACUUACUCUUAUCUCCAGAGCCCAUCAGCUUGUGAUGGAAGGUUUUAAUUGGUGCCAGGAUAAAAAUGUAGUGACAGUUUUUAGUGCUCCAAAUUACUGUUACCGAUGUGGAAAUAUGGCAGCUAUACUUGAGAUUGGGGAGAAUAUGGAACAGAACUUCCUUCAAUUUGACCCUGCACCUCGACAAAUUGAGCCCGACACCACUCGCAAGACCCCUGACUAUUUUUUGUGAUUUCAAUAGCUCAACUGGCUGUUUGUAAAACUCUUUAUCCUCGUGUUGCUGUAGAUUUAUUUAAAAGAGGAUUUUGGUUGUUUGAGGAUCAGUGUCAGCAUCAUUCUUUGCUUUGGAGUGGUCUUUUGCUACUGCUGUCAUUGCUCAAGAUAUCCACAGUAUUGAUGAAGAUUCCAGUAGUUUAUUUGUAUAUUUUUCAGCGGGGAAGCAAGUAGCAGCAGUGACGAUGGCAAUAUAUUAUUGUAAUUUUACAAAUUCAAGUUAAAAGCAGGGUUUUGAAUGUGGUCACUUGGUCCCAUUUUUGCCAACUUCUCGAGGGCGGAUGGAAUGUGCGGUGGAUGAUAAUAAGCAGUAGGGCUUGGGUCUCAGGUGGCGUAGCUAUUCAAAUCUCCCAGAAUUUGAACUUGAAGAUCGCGCUGCUCAUGUUAGUCUGCAGCAGUUUUAUUUUUGAAUGUUUUGAUUAUUCAAGUAUACCUCAUAACUCGUUUCAAUUUCAUUAUGAAGCAUAUUUUUAAGUAUCUGCUGUUGUGAAUUCAUGUUCAAUUUGUAUUGGACUUCGUAAAGUUUAGUUUAGCUUGUUUAGGUUUGCAUUUAUGUAAUUUUGUUGUUCAAACAUGAGCAUUCUAAGGAUGAUACGGGGAUAUUGCAGAAGCAAACAAUAUAGGAAUCAGAAUUUUUGAGUCACGGUUCAGCACUGUAAUUCAUUCUGUGUCCUGAACCUGCCUACACUGUACCAUUGUACUGAAUAGUUUAGGGCUCGAUGAUUUUACUAAAAUACUCGUUUGUGGUUGAGUAA